AUGUCUCGUCUAAUCCUCGUCAUCAGCCUCGUCAUAGGCCUGCUGGACAACCUUUGCUUUGCGAGCCCGUCCAGGACCCAUGCUGUGGCUGCACGGACUCACAAACGCGCGGACUGUACUCCCACCCUCACCGGGCUCGGGGAGAGUUCGUCUGCCGAAUGGAUCCUGGGUAAAAAGCCCACCGGACAGCAGGUCCGUGUAUCCUUGAGUGCCGACAAGCAGGUCCUGCAGGUGCGAUACCCGCCUUACAAGGACCACCAAUAUCAAACGGUGAGUGUGUGGCUGGGGACCAGUCGACCGACCGAUACCAACCCCGGAGGCUAUCCCUGGGGUUCGAACAAGGGGUCUCCGCGGUGCACGAUCGCGGGCGCCACCGCAUCCUGUGACAUCCCGCUGAGUGAGGCCCUGCCGAAUGUCAACCUGUGCCCGGACAAGACCAUCUACAUUGUGACGCAUGCCAGCGUGAAAAGUCCCACGCUGGGCUCGGAAGGUGGGACCGCCGGCAGCCUUACGCAAUGCAUAAAGACAUCCUGUAAUCCCUGGUUCACCUUUUGGAGCUUCACAACCAAGUGUGGAUGCGAUAAUCCCCCGCCGCCACCGCCGCCACCGCCGCCGGGGGACGGACAGUGGUGCGAUUUCGGCUCCGCGUUCGGACACGCAGCGUCCCCGCCAGGGGUCGCACUGGAGUGCAACCCACCCUGGGGAUGGUCGAACCAGAUCGACUCGGCCCCGCUCGGGGGAACGCUGUGGGUGGGUGGCCUCCCCAACUACAACGAUAUCAACGUGAACGCUGUCAAUGUCGGGCCCUUCAUCGCCUUUUUUGAGGGCGGACAGGUCCGGUUCAGGUACGUCGUGGACGUCGACUACCGACUGACCGCCGUCCAUGCGCAUGUCGCCUGUUCGCCGUCCCUCACCACGUGUUCCCUGAACCAGUACGCGAUCAAAAUCGACGGAUUGGCGGUCCAGGAGUAUGAGACCCCUGCAGUGUCUGUGGACUGCAACAAGCCGUAUAUCAUUGUGCAUGCCAGGAUCCAGAAGAAGAGAACGGAGACGACAUGCCCUUCUCCCCGGAACACCGGUGCGCAUUGA